AUGGAGAAAUAUAAAGAAAGCACGGGUAGCGUUAUGCUUACACUACAAUCAUCUAUAAUUAAGUUAAAAGAGCUAAAAAGUCAGAACCAAUCAAGUUGUGGACUUAUUGGAUUUCUUUGCACCAGACUUAAGAGGAAUCGCCACUUCUCUUGCGUGUUCUUGCAAGAGGAAUGGCAGCAGCAGUUUGGAGUGGUUCUAUUAGAAUUACUCACUGGGAAACGGGCAAUGGAUAAGAACCGUCCUGCUACAGAGCAGAAUCUGGUGAAGUGGGAAAGAAAUUUUCUGAAGGAUCCUCAUAAGCUAGACAGAAUACUGGAUCCAGGACUUGAAUGUCAAUAUUCAAUUGAAGGCGCCAAGAAAGUGGCUGCAUAG